CUACAGCGCUUGCGCGCUCUUCUCCGAAGCCGUCGGGAACGCGCGUGGUGUUCGCCAGUCACGAGCGCGCAGCCGCGGCCUCUUCGCUAGUGCAAGUUCGGUACCUGCUGGCCGUGUGUCAUCUAUGUGCCAUGGGCUUACCUCUCCAGGACUCCAGCCACUCCGCACCCUGAGGCCCGGACGCCAUGUUGUGUGAGAAGCUGCAGAAUCGCCGCUAGAUAGACCCUGGGCCCGAGCCCCGACCCCCCGGAGGAGCAGCAGCUGAAGCCGCCGCCGCCAUGGCUGAGCAGACCUAUUCGUGGGCGUAUUCCCUGGUGGACUCUAGUCAAGUCUCUACGUUUCUGAUAUCAAUCCUUCUUAUAGUCUAUGGCAGUUUCAGGUCUCUUAAUAUGGACUUUGAAAAUCAAGACAAGGAGAAGGACAGUGGUGGCUCUCCAGGAACGUUUAGUGGGAACAGCGCCAAUAAUAAUUCAAGACUUCCAGUGACAGACGCAGCAAAGCAGUCCCAAAACAUACCUGAGCCACCUUUAUGUUUUGCAAUAGGUAUCCAGACUAUUGACUCCACUCAGGCAUUGUUCCUUCCUAUUGGAGCCUCAGUGUCUCUUCUGGUUAUGUUUUUCUUCUUUGACUCAGUUCAGGUGGUUUUCACUAUUUGCACUGCAGUUCUUGCAACAAUAGCUUUUGCUUUUCUGUUGCUCCCUAUGUGCCAGUAUUUAACCAGACCCUGCUCUACUCAGAACAAGAUAUCAUUUGGGUGCUGCGGUCGGUUUACAGUUGCAGAACUGCUCUCCUUUUCACUCUCUGUACUGCUAGUUCUUAUUUGGGUGCUGACAGGCCAUUGGCUGCUCAUGGAUGCCCUUGCCAUGGGACUCUGUGUGGCAAUGAUUGCCUUUGUUCGCCUGCCUAGCCUGAAAGUGUCCUGUCUGCUCCUUUCAGGGUUGCUUAUAUACGAUGUAUUUUGGGUCUUCUUCUCUGCCUAUAUAUUUAAUAGCAACGUGAUGGUCAAAGUGGCAACUCAGCCUGCUGACAAUCCUCUCGAUGUAUUAUCAAGGAAGCUUCACCUUGGUCCCAAUGUUGGAAGAGAUGUACCUCGGUUAUCACUGCCAGGGAAAUUGGUAUUCCCUAGCUCCACAGGAAGCCACUUCUCUAUGCUUGGGAUCGGAGACAUUGUGAUGCCAGGCCUACUUCUGUGCUUUGUUCUGCGUUAUGAUAAUUACAAAAAACAGGCAACCACUGACGCUUGUGGUGCACCAGGGGCCAAUAUUUCUGGGCGAAUGCAGAGGGUCUCCUACUUCCAUUGCACACUUAUUGGGUACUUUGUGGGACUGUUAACGGCAACGGUGGCUUCACGCAUUCACAGGGCAGCCCAGCCUGCUCUGCUGUAUUUGGUUCCAUUUACUUUAUUACCGCUUCUCACUAUGGCUUAUUUAAAGGGUGACUUGCGGCGAAUGUGGUCAGAACCUUUCCAUGCCAAGGCCAGCAGCUCACGCUUCCUCGAGGUAUGAUGGGAGCAGAGGACAAGAGGCCAAACUUGGCAGGAUUUCUUCACUUUGGCUUUCUGUACCCUGGAUAAACUCAGUGUUUAACAGACACAGCUACAACUGAAAGACCUCAAAAUGAAUGGAAUUUGUGUAAAAUAAUAAAGGAAUAAACUUUUUUUUGGCGAGUCGACCAUGUGAGCUCCUAAUCCCUCGAACAGGCCCUCAACAUCGGACUCAUUUCCUAUAGGAAGAGCGGAC